AAGCUUGCGCGACGUUGCCUGGCUUGCAACUUGACCAUGGACUCAUCCUCCUCAACACCAUGAAUUUUGCCCCUUACCAGGACGAAUCGCCCGAGGUGGAACGUGCAUUCUCCCCCUCGCUGGGCGAGGCGCACCGUACGAGACCCCCCAAUAUCCAGUCCCCGCGCGGCUCUCCAGCCCCUGGUCUUGCAUCCCCCGGCCUGCCAUCCCCGAGCCACUUCGCCGGUGGUGCAGGUGCAGGUGCAGGUGCAGGCAAUGUCAACAACACCAGCGGCCACGGAAACACGGGCUUUGGGAAUGACCUCGAGGGCGGCCGGUUGAGCCUCGGCGCCUUCGACACCAGUCUCCCCAUCCGCAUGGACGUCGAAGCAAUGCUGGCAUAUCUGCUUCUGCCUCCCGCCGGUGGUGUUUUUCUCCUUUUGGUGGAGCACAAGAGCGACUACGUACGAUUCCAUGCAUGGCAGUCGAGCAUGCUCUUCACCGUCAUGUUUAUCAUCCACCUUAUCUGCUCCGGGUCAAGUUUUCUAUCCUGGCUCUUGUUCGUCGGCGAUCUUGCGAUGAUCGGGUUCUUGAGCAUGCGUGCUUAUCGCGAUGUUGAUACGCUCGAUCACUUCGAGGUCCCUAUCUUUGGCCGCCUGGCUAACUCCUUUGUCGAUGACGAAUAAAACCUAAUCUUAGUUGUGGCGAAACCUGCAGAGGUGUUCAUUCGAUGCGCUGGAUGGGAGUCGGGUCGUCGUGCCGUGCAUCCCCCUUGUUGAACUCUCGGGAGGUUCUCAGAUUGAGUAGAGCUCUUUCCUUGUACAGUGCCGGGUCGAGAACAUAAUCCAUAAGUUCCAGCGUGCAUAUAUCUUAGCUUUCCGGGUUAUCAUUUGUAUGCUG